GCCGCCGCUCUCGCUCUCUUCCACUCCUGGCCGCGGCCGGCGUUGCUGAGAGCUGAGACCUCUGACUUCACACUAGAGUGAGUUAAGAGAGAGCGCGCGCAAGUCAACCGCUUCUCGUUUCUGUAUCCACGGUGUGUGUGAGAGAGAGAUGGGCAGGCAGCCGUGCUGCGAGAAGGUCGGUCUCAAGAAGGGACCAUGGACGGCGGAGGAGGACCAGAAGCUGGUCGCCUUCCUCCUCUCCCACGGCCAUUGCUGCUGGCGGCUCGUCCCCAAGCUCGCAGGGCUGCUGAGGUGCGGGAAGAGCUGCCGGCUGAGGUGGACCAACUACCUGCGGCCGGACCUCAAGCGGGGCCUCCUCUCGGAGGAGGAGGAGGCGCUGGUCAUCGACCUCCACGCGCAGCUCGGCAACCGGUGGUCCAAGAUCGCAGCGCGGCUCCCUGGGCGGACGGACAACGAGAUCAAGAACCACUGGAACACCCACAUCAAGAAGAAGCUCAAGAGGAUGGGCAUCGACCCCGUCACCCACCGCCCGCUCUCUCCGGCGGCGCAGGCGAGCGAUCCCCCGCACGUGCGGGAAGAGCCCAAGCAGGCGCUGUCGUCGUCGCAUGGGCCUGCCGCCGGCGCCGAGGACGAGGAGGCGCCGGCGAGCGCCGAGCCGCUGCAGGGCGCGAUGUCCCCGGCCUCCACGGCAGCCGCCGUGUCGCCGUCCUGCUCCUCCUCGUCCGCCGCCUCGGCCUCCGUCGCGACCCCCGGCGCGGACGUGGCGGCCUGGCCCGACCCCAUCGACCUCUUCCAGGUGGAUGGCAUCAUGGACAUGGACUGGGCAGGCAUCCUGUCCGGUUGCGGCGACGACGGCGCCGGCGUAGACGUCGACCUGUUCGACCAUUACCCCGGCGAUGGCUUCGACCAACAAGUCUGGAUGUGAUGCCGAUACUAGGAUGCUGCUGAUUGGUAGGACUUAGAAACUGUCGUGGUUCGUGAUCAUCUCUGUUCUUGCAUGUCAUGUGUUUCUCUCCUUUCAAUUCUUCUUUUCUUUUUUUUUUUGGUUUCUUGGGUGAAUUCAAGUUCAUCCUGUCAUCCAUGUCCAUGCAUGCAUGAUUGCUUAUGAGGAGAGAAACCGAGUGCGUGAUUCGUGAAAAAAAAGACGGAGAAAGAUAGAGUGAUUGCAUCUGAUGGCUAGAGCGAGACAGUAAAAUUCUGAUGUACAGUUCAGGAAUGUGAAGUUUCUGAUGUGGAAUGCUACCUUUCAUGGUACUAACUUCAA